AAUAAUAUAUUAUAUAAUAUUAUAAUCAAUUUCAAGUAUCUGGGAUUAUUCAUUUUUGAAUUAUAAAAACAAAUCUAAUAUUCAUUGAUGAAAAACUAUUUGGACCUCCCAAAGUACCAACUAGGUUCAUUUUUCUAUCAGAAAAGAUGCUAAUAUCAAAAAUUGAAGAAUGGCUUACAAUCUAAAAUGUUGCUGACUGACAGGAAAAAAAAACUCACAACAUUGUAAAAUCAAUACAUUUUUUAGCUCCUCUCAGAAUCUAUAAAAAUAAGUGUAGGAAGUUAGAAUUUUGACAAAUAACAAAAAUUAACAAAUAAUUCAGAAAGACUUUCUUUUAAUAUCUAGAAGUACACAUAUGAUGAACUUAAUACAAUUAAAUAUAAUAUAUAAUUAUUAUUUGAAAAUAUUUAAUACAGUUUAUUUUUAAAAGUUUACUAGGAUUACAAAUAGAUAUACGGUAAAGUUAGCUUAUUUUUUUCAGUUAUUAUAAAUGCAGUAAAGCUAGUACUUAUUUUUGUCCGGGAUCAAUUAAGAAGCUGAGAAACGGAACUGUAGUGAUAAUAAAACCACAUGAGGGCCAUGUUAGUGAGCAAAAUAUCUCUCAGCAACUGGUUCAUAAUUUUUGUGACAUUUUGAAAAGAAGGGCAUCUACUGAGAAUAUCUCGUUAAGGAGUUUAUAUGAUGAGGAAUCUAGAAGGUAAAACGUUUUAUAAUCUAAAGAAUAUCUUGUAGAGGCCUAUCAGAAAUUAAUAUCUGAAUUUAAUAUUUUAUUAGACACGUAGUAGCAGCAGGGUUGUACCCAUGGUCAACUGCCGAAUCUCUAAUGCGACAUGCCCGAAGAAGAUCAUUGCCUAGAUUGCCCAACUCGCUGUUAGAUUUGGCAACUCUAUUUGACAAUGGCCAGCUAAAUCGGUUUUCUUGUUGCGAAUCUCCUUUUUUUAGAGGAUGUGUUAGAGAUGUGGAUGGAAGAAGUAGCAUCAUUUUUGGAUGCAUGAAUUUAAUUGCUAAUGUUCUGCAACAUGGUGUGACAGAGUUACAUGCGGAUGCCACAUUCAAGGUUGUACCUAGUAACAUGGGAUACCAAUUACUAACCAUACAUUGUAUGAUCGAAAACCAUUCCAUACCUAUUGUUUAUAUUCUUAUGGAAAGUAAGUCACGGAAUUCAUAUGACUGUGUUAUGCGAUUUGUAAAAGAUAAUCUUUUACCAAACUUAACGGUUGAAGUCAUUAUCACUGACUAUGAGGUGGCUCUGAGGGAUGUUUUGAUUUCAUCAUUUCCAGGGGCCCGUUACGCCGGUUGCUGGUUUCAUCAUAACCAAGCUGUAUGGAGAAAAAUGAACAGUUUAGGAUACUUACAUCAUCUAAAUACUAAUGAUAAUGCCCGUAAGGUAUUGAAACUCCUUAUGUCCCUUCCAUUAUUGCCAGCUAGAGAUAUGGAGAACGGAUAUUUAUUAAUAAGAGCAUUUGCACGAAAUCAUGAUGUCCACUUGGAGAGAUUGCUAAGUUAUUAUGAAAGAUAUUGGUUAAGAAGUAUUGGUCCACAAGUUGUGUCUGUUCAUGGACUGCCUCGUCGGACAAAUAAUAACAUUGAGAGUUUUCAUAAUGCCUUAAGAUUAAAGUUCUCUGUUGCGCAUCCAAGCUUAUGGGUAUUUCUAGACGCUUUAACUUCUUUGAGUACCAGUUAUCAUUUGGUCAAUCAGCAAAUUUUGAACCACUUACGUCCCACUAGGCAUGUGAGGACCAAGUUUUUGGCUAACUCUCACAGGAUCAAAUAUGCUACAGAGCAAUACCAAUUAGGACAAAUAUCCAUAUGGCAAUUUCUUCUGCGUUGUUCGUAUACCAGCGCAGCAUAUGAAUUAAGGCAGCGAACCUGGGCUUUGAGAAUGCACAAUGCUGAUGUUGAUGCUGAAUCAGACCACAAUGUUCCAGCAGAUGAAGUUCCAGUACCAGAUCACAUUCCCAAUGUUAUUGAUCCACAGCCAAUGGAAAAUAAUGACUUGCAAUUGGAUCUGAAUCAACCGUUUUAUAAUGCACCAGGUUCACCGCCAAUUAUGAACCCUCCAGAUUCACCAAAUGUACCUCAGCCGCCAGACAAUAGAAAUUUGUGUAUGACAUGCUUGGUAGUGUCUCUAGCUGAAAGCGAACAGCAAUACAUAGUAUUACCAUGUGGUCACGCAUGGGUGUGUGAUGGGUGUGUAAGGCAGUUGGAACAACAAAACUCUGUAUGCCCGAUGUGCAGAGCAGAAAAUGACUGUGAAGGAAAUGGUAGUGCUGAGACAGCUAAAUUGUAA